AUGAGCCUGUUUCUUGAGCUGCCCAGCGCCGUCUGGGCCGUGCUUGCCAUCGAGUUUCUCGAGCGUCUCGGCUACUACGCUGUUGCCUUUUCUCUUUUCACCUACUGCACCGUCAUGCUCCAGGCGGGUCCCGCGGCAGCGAAUGCGCUGAUUAACAUCGUGUACAUCCUCGUCCCCACUGCAGCGCUCCUUGCGUCGGGUGUGGCGGAUAGCCGGGUUGGUCGGUCGCGUGUACUGGCCAUUGCGCUGGCCGCUUACACAGCCUCGCUGCUCCUUUUGUGCGUGUCAGCCACCCCCUGGCUCUACACCUCCUUCCCCCUCGGUGCGCAGUGGAGUAGUAAGGCCCUGUUCGCUGUGGCACUGGUAGGGUUCAGUGCUGGAUACGGUUCGAUGAAGGUGUGCAUCAACCCGAUCAUGGCUGAUUGCGUCACGCUACAUUACCGCACUGCAUUUAUUGGGCUACCAACCAUCGUUGACAGCAGGGAGGCAAGGGCAGUGAUGAAUGCUGUGAGUGUUGUAAAGGCUGCCGAGCUCCCCACACGUGAGAUAGCCUCCUUGUCAGGUGCGACGCGCAAGGGUGUCGUUGCCAAUGCGACUGCAGCAGCGAGUGAAGCGUCGAGCCACGACGUCUCGUCUUACGACUCCAUUACCGAGACAGACACCGCUGCGUCUCUUUACGAGAGGGAGCACGUGACUACGGCCCUCUCCCGCCUGUUUGUGUACACCUACUGGGUAGGAAACGUUGGCGGUCUCGUUGGCAGCUUUGUCGCACCGCUGCUGCGCAAUUUCGAGAGCCGUCGCCUCGUGCAGGGAAGUGAGGAGUAUACAACCGGCUACUACUACAGCUUCCUGCUGGCGGCCUUGUCGGUCGGCCUCGGUGGUGGUUUCCUCUACUGGUGCUUUGCCUGGCUGCCCAGCAACGCGCCAGCACCUAAGUUUGUGCUGAUUCGUGUGAUUGUGCUCGCGCUGCAAAAUAGGUGGGCGGUGAUGCGAGGCAGUGUGCGUGUGGUGCCAGGCACUCGCGAUGGCAUCUCUGAACCCCAAGACUGGCUCGACUAUGCGUGUGUCAGGCUACACCCGAUUUCAUCUGGGACGGGGGGCAUCUCUGCCAACCACGUCGCUCUUGCCGACGCCGCUGCGGCCUUCGAGUGUUCUACCUCGACUGUGUAUGGUUCGAGCUGCAGCACCACCCUUGAUGACGUUGACGGUGAUGCCUCUAACACCUCACUCUGGGUGGCCGACUGCCGCACGACGCUGCGAGCCUGCAAGGCCUUCAUUGCCCUGCCCAUUUACUGGCUAAUCUGUAAUCAGUUCAGCACGAACCUCAUGUAUCAGGCCGAAGCCUUGGAUAUGCCAGUGAGCGUGCCGAAGGAACUUUUCAACAACAUCAACACCGCCACCAUGCUGCUCUUCUUAGCUCUUUGGGAUUUGUGGCUGCUCCCACGCGUUCUGCUGCACCGCGUUCCCUCUGCCUGUCUUCGGAUUAUGGCAGGGUUUGGGUGCAUGUGCGCCUCCAUGCUGUGGUGCGGGUUCUUACAGUGCACCAUAACUGACCGUGGCUACUACGAAGGUGAGGAUAGUUACGUGCUCCGCGAUGGCCAACGGAAGCUGUCGGCAGGGUGGCUGAUCGUGCCGUACAUUCUGCAAGGACUCGCCUCCGCCUUCGUGGACCCGACAGUAAUGGAGGUGGCAUACCGAGACACCCCGGAGCGGAUGAAGGGGACGGUCAUGGGGCUGUACUGGUUCGCCUCCAGUGCAAGCGGAUUUCUCGGCUUCGCUCUCUCACUGGUGAUGAAGCCGCAGAACGCAGCGCCCCUCUUCUUUUCCUUCGCAGUGGCACAGAUGGUUGUCGCGGCGCUCUUCUACCGUGCCAACAGCGGCUGUUAA